AUGAACGACAUCCAAAGAAAAUGGAUCUAUUUGGAGCCGAUUUUCGGCCGCGGCGCAUUGCCAGCUGAGGCCAGCCGCUUUGCUCGUGUUGACAGCGAGUUUCGACUAAUUUUAGCAGAUGUGGUCCGGGACGCUCGUCUGAUUCUCCUUGUGCAGUCGACAUUCGCUCCGGAAAAGUCUGGAGCAGAUUAUCGAUCAAUUGAAUCGCUGCCAAAAGGCGCUCAAUCAGAGAAGCGCUCCGCUUUCCCGAGGUUCUACUUUUUGGGCGAUGACGAUUUGCUGGAGAUCCUUGGACAAUCAACGAAUCCGACAGUGAUUCAGUCGCACUUGAAGAAGCUGUUCCAGGGAAUCGACAAGGUGGUAUUUGGUGCUAACAAUGAAACGAUUUCGGCUAUGCUUUCCGUUCAAGGAGAACACGUUCCGCUUAGUCAUCCUGUACGAGUGGUUCCACAAGUCGAGCUGUCAGUGGAAGCGAUUCGUGAUGAGAACCUUGAUCCAGCCAGGUAUCCGUCACAAGUUCUCUGUCUUGCUGAGCAAGUACGACCUUCUGGCCGGAAAUUGUUGAACAGGGGUCGUCUUCAUGACUCUACCCUCAAAGUAGAAUCCUCUCUCGUCGUCUGGGCGGGGUCACUUGCGCCAGCGCCACCUUUUCAUUGA